CCUCCAUCAGCCCAUCGGCCUAUCCGUUUGUUUCUGCUGCAACCAAGCACCUGUGCAGAGCCCGCUGCUGCAACCAUGAUUCCGCCCAGCAAAUUUGGUCGGGUCACGCUGUGGGCCGUCUUGGUUGAGGGUGUCAUCAUCACGGCGCUGGAGAGCACCAUCUGUGCGCUGCUUGUCAACAACGCCAAGGAGACGCCUUUGGCCCAGACCUCAGCCAGAGGCAUCCCCGUCUAUCUGGUGAUCUUCAUUUUCGCCCAGCUGUUCCAGAUUAUUCUGUGCUGGGAUGCGGUCUGGCACAAGAACACGAUCCAAAUCAUCGGCUUGAUCCUCUUCAACCUCUGUAUCUGCGGCUACUCGAUCUUCCAGUACACCCAGAUCCUGUCGGCCAUCCAGACCAUCUUCAACAACUUCCCUUCGACGGAUCUGCAAGUGGCCCGCGGUAUCCUGCUGUCCAUGCCCGUCAUUGCCUUCAGCUUCCAGUUCGUGCUGUUUUUCCUUGGCUGGCGGCUCUACAAAGAGUAUGGAUGGAAGAUUUACAAAACCAUCGGUGCUGACCCCAAAAUGAGAACCAUGUACCGAUACUACCAGAUCAUGCUGCUGCUGUUGAAGCUCGAUGUGUUCUUUGUCUUUGGCUUUGGAAUCCAGUAUGUCGUGCUGAUCUUGGAUCCAACCUCGGCCGAGUUCUAUCUGACGGUGAUCAUGUUCCCCAUCAUGAUGGUCUUGCUGGCUGCGGCCGUUUACGCGAUCCGGAAAGAAGACAAGGUCAUCACCUAUCUGUUCCUCUUGGGCCUGGCCCUUGGCAUGGGCUACCUGAUCUUCAAGAUCGUCCGCAUCUCCACCGACCCAUCCUCAUUCCUCGACACGGCCCAUUUCCUCACCUUCUUUGCCUCGAUCUCGCUGAUGCUCUGCAUCCUGACCUUUAUCAACGCCAUCAUCUGUCUCCGAAGCUUUGGAUGUGGAAUGAAGCAGCAUCUGUCAUCUCGCACCGAAGCCCGCGACAUAAGCAGCUUUCCCUCAGCACGCAACAUCUAGACUUACUGUGGACUGCCCUUUGCCACUGCACUCGUAAAUUGGGGUAUCGGUGUUGGCUCAAGUGAGUCCUUCGCCUCCAAGAAGCAGAAUCGUCCGGAAUGGCUUGGUCCCUUCGUCGAUGACCCGAGCAGGCCCGUCUUCCAAUCGUGUCCCCGGCUUGUCCUCUCCAAUCUCUGCCCUUGUUGCCUUUGGUCUUCGUUCUUCCUGAAUCCAAUCCCAGUCAGGCCUUUGCAAUCAAACGUGUCUUUCCCAGUCCUUCUCACGGUGGCUGCGUUGGCGAUGACGGCUGGGUGAGGCCGAGGCGAUGCCGUUGAUCGUCUCAGGCCGAAGCAGGUGGCAG